AGGGACAAAACGACCGGAACUCCCGUUUCCUAAAUGCUGGUAAGGAAAGGGUGUGAAAACAGCCACAGUAAUUGCUGGCUCCUGGCUCUGUUCCCAGGAAAGCUGAUUCCCACGCUGGCAGGCCUCCUCCGCGCAGCCCCGCUUUGCGUAGGGUCACGUAACUUGUGUCCUGCGCCCUGAUUGGUUGCGUUGGGACUCCGGGGACAUACGUCUGCGAGCUCACGUCUGGCGGGGGUGGGGGGGCUCUCAGGUCUCCUGCUUCGUGAUUGGCUGUGGGUAGAGGGGCUGGUGGCCUGGGUGGCACUCCUGAGGGAAAUUCGCCGGCUUCUUGGGACCCUGGUCUCGGGACCUUGAUCCUGUUCCCAGGCCUGGGGAAGACGGCCCACCAAGGGAAACCUUCGCGGGGGGGAGGGAGGAAGGACGGAGCCAGAGACCCGGGACCGACUGUGUCUUCAACGGAGCGGACAGUUUCAGUUAACAAAUACUGAUUUUGUUCCCCUGUGGACCAAGUUCUUUGCUGGGUGCGAGAGACAGAGCAGAACGGCACACAGACCUUGCCCUCCCAGUGCUUGCAGAGAGUCUGUGGCUCUCACCAGGUUCUCCAGUGCUGUUUGUGAUCCCAAGGUAUGAAGAAACAUUUUAGCAGAAGAGCUAGUGUCUAGUGUAAUGUCUAACAACACAGCAUGAGCUUAAAAAAAAGAGAAAAAGAAAAAAACUGGUUGAAUGGGUGGAGAACUUAGAGGAGUUAGGGUCAAGAGCAGGGUGCUGUGGAAGAGCACACACAAAGGUCCACCUGCCCAGCCUCUUAGAGUCAGCAAAUGCCAGUCUAGUGAAGUGUAGGGAAGCAAUUCAUUGGAACGUGGUGAUGACCAGUCUCUGCCCUCAUGGAGGGUGACAGAAUGAACAGCUGCAACAAUGACAGGUGGCACCAAGGACCGACCAGUCCUUGGUGCUGUGAGAGCCUAUAAUGAGGGCAGGAGGCUUCAUCUGUUUAUGAAAGUCAAGGAGGUCUAAGAAAGUGACAGACCUAGGGGUUAGACAGGGGUACUUUGGGCAUGGGGAACAGCUCUCAGUCUUCAAAGACCCUGUGGUGUGAACAUGUAGAGCACCAGAGACUGAAAAGAACUGGUGGAUUUUUUUUUUUUUUUUUUUUUGGCCGGGUUUGGGGGUGGUUGGGGAAGGUGCAGGCACAGAUUCAGGUGGUGACAGAGACCAGACAGAGAGGCCUUUUAGGCCAUGGUAUAAGGCAUUUUUAUUUUGUUUUAUGUCUUUAUCCUAAAGUGCCACUGAAAAGUUUAUUGCAGGGACAUGACAAGAUCACAUUUUGAGAAGUUGGAGAGAAGCUCAAGUGAUUAACUGAAGCCCUGGAUGAAAACAGGAUCUCUAAGGAGAAACUGUAAGGUGCAAUAAGUACCUUCUGAGUCCCAGGACGGUGGCAAUUAGCCAAUGGUUGCAGGCAUGUUGUGGAAGUUGCUGAUAAGAUCCCAGCCCUGCAGGCUGUGUUCUUUCAGAAAGAUGCUAUCGGCUCCAAAAUACAGACCCUUUCUAGCGUGCUUCACCUAUACAAAUGAUCAUCAGUCAAACAAAGAAAAUAAAAGAACAGUGGAAAAGCUCUAUAAAUUUUCAGUCGACAUCAGGAAAAUUCGUAGACUAAAAGGAUGGGUACUUUUUGAGGAUGAAACCUAUGUUGAAGAAAUCGCAAAUGUUUUACAACAACUAGGUGCUAAUGAAACCGCUGUAGCCAGUAUUUUGGAACGCUGCCCAGAAGCAAUUGUCUGCAGUCCAACGGCUGUUAACACCCAGAGAGAACUCUGGCAGUUGGUCUGCAAAAAUGAGCAAGAGUUAGUCAAGUUAAUAGAACAGUUUCCAGAAUCUUUCUUUACUGUUACAGACCAGGAAACUCAGAAGCUGAACAUUCAGUUCUUUCAAGAGUUGGGACUCAAAAAUGUGGUCAUUAGCCGGUUUUUGACAACUGCAUCUAAUAUUUUUCAUAAUCCUAUUGAGAAAAAUAAGCAAAUGAUAAGUAUUCUCCAAGAGAGUUACCUAAAUUUAGGUGGCUCCGAGGCCAACGUGAAAGUUUGGUUACUGAAAUUAUUAAGCCAAAACCCAUUUAUUUUGCUGAAUUCUUCUGCAGCUAUAAAGGAAACACUAGAAUUUCUCCAGGAGCAAGGUUUCACAAACUUUGAUAUUCUCCAGCUUCUCUCCAAACUCAAAGGAUUUCUUUUUCACCUUUGCCCCAGAAGUAUACAGAACAGCAUUUCCUUCUCUAAAAAUGUUUUUAAAUGCACAGAUCAUGACCUGAAGCAAUUAGUUUUGAAAUGUCCUGCCAUUUUAUAUUAUUCUGUUCCAGUUUUGGAAGAGAGAAUUCAGGGAUUAUUGAAAGAAGGAAUUUCCAUAGCUCAGAUAAAAGAGACGCCAAUGGUUCUUGAAUUAACACCGCAGAUAGUACAGUACAGGAUAAAGAAACUGAAUUCCUUAGGCUAUAGAAUAAAGGAUGGACAUCUGGUAAAUCUAAGUGGAACAAAAAAAGAAUUUGAGGCUAACUUCAGCAAAAUUCAGGCCAAAAAAGGAAGGCCAUUGUUUAACCCUGUGGCACCAUUAAACAUUGAAGAGUAACUUGCAGACUGCGGCUGCUUUCUAGCAUUGCAGAGUGAAGCUGAGUAGCAGGGACUGGCGUCAGUUUGUAGGCACUAGUAAUUUUUAAGAAACUGCUUAGCUUCUGAGUUGUCUUAAGUUACAUCUGAGUAGAUAAUCUCUGACUCAUUUGCUAUAUUUUAAGAUAUAAACUGCAUUUAUUUUAAAUAAAGUUGGUAAUUUUGACUUUGAGCUAUUUCAAAAACUCCUAUACUAGUAAAUGGCACAUCAGAGUGA